AAACAGUAAAGUCGGCAGCAUUCACACGACGACCCAUUGCAGGUGGUCGAGCGAGUGAUGGACAGGACCUCCUUCAUGGCCGCCAACGGUUACGUCGUUCUGCCAUCACGCCUCCAGCAGUAUGGAUUCACGCGGGAAUACGGGAUGACCUCUCAGACCUUCGUCAUGGCCACGCCCUCGCUCGCCCCGAGAUGGGAUAACUUGCUCUUCCCUUUGUCGUGGGAGGUGUGGGUGGCGGUCAUUGCAGCUCUGGUGGUCUUGGCCGGGGUGCUGAAGAUGGUGUGUGUAUGUAAAUAUAUGAGUAUGAGCGUGCUGUCAGUGGCGAGUGACGCGCCUUCAAAACCCCUUUCCCAGCUUGGCCACAUCGGACGCGCCACGUACCCCGACCUCAGCCAGUCAGUUCUGGAAGUCUACAAGAUCCUCCUUGGCCAAGACUUCAGCCAGUGGCGUGCCAGAACGACCGCGAGUCGCCUGGUGGUCGCCACGUGGUUGGUGGUUGCUCUGGUCGUGGGCGUGGCGUACAGGGGCAACUUGACGGCCUCUCUCACCUCGCCCAUGUACCCACCGCGGCCUGAGACGGCUGCCGAGAUGGUCAGGGUCGUGGAAAGGUGUGUGGACGAAGGGGCACGGCGAAAUGAACGUUCUGAAUACCUUUCGAAAUAUUCAUUCAACUUCUCAGAUGAUCAUGGUUAUUAUUUUACCGUGAUUGCAUAUACUCAUACAUAUACAUGCAUCUAACUGUACACCUACACGUCCUGUCAUAGGAUCAAUAUUCCGCCCUAUGGAGCAGACUGGAAGAAGUUUUACGAGGCCUCCAACUCUGAGGUUUUUCAAGCCAUCGCGAAGCUGCUUUACAUCGGUCCGUCGAUGGAAGAAGGACUUCGGUUAACAACAGAAAAAAAGUAGGCUGACUUAUGGUUAUUGGCUUAAUUCCUUAUCUUUCUAUGGCUGUUUAAUUCAUAUUUUUUUGUCUUUGUUAACUAGUCUUCCAUCUUUGUCUUGCAUAUACUGGUAUAUACAUCAAUUAACGAUUCAGAUAAGCAAAGGACUGCAACGCUGAAAACAGAACCGACUCCAUAAAUGUUUCCUUCCCUAGCCACGCAGUCAUAUCCAGUCGCUCGUUUCUGGACUACAUCAUAAAUCAGAAUUUCACGGACGCGACAGGCAAGGCGAAGCUGUACAUGGCGAAGACAAACUUGGACACGGUUUUCAUUAGCUACCCGAUUCCUCACGGCGCCCCAUACAAGCCCCAGCUGGACCGUCUCCUCCUCGCCUUUGUUGAGGUGAGUUUUCAGCUGUGUUCAGUGGAGGGCCGGAGGUUCAGUGGAAUGCCGGAGGUUCAUGUAUUCAUCUGAUUAUUUUUGUUGGUCGUGUGUUGUAAUCCCGAGUAGGGUGCAUGCACAGAGAAAGCAGUUCCGACCCGCUGUAGUGUGGCAGCCCCUUGAAUGAACUAAAUACUGGGGAGUAAGUAGUAGGCUGAAUAAAGUAUCACGUUUAUCGAUAUCCUUUGGGACAUAAAAGGACUAUGCUUAUGAAGUAUCCUUUCGCGAAUGCUCUAUUUUAUUCCAGAAUUUUCCUGAUUUCAGUCCUCAGCCUAUCCACCAC